AUAGCUUAAAGUAUAUGGUCAGCAUAAAACGAUUGUAUCUUGCACACCACCGCUAUGUCAGGCCUCGGUCCGUACGAUCGGUUUUGUAUAAUGAACUGCUGUCAUCAAUGGGGUUAUGACAGUAAAUUUAGACAUCAUUAAGACCAAACUAUGUAAAGCCAUCGACUCUGAAGGGAAAGUUUUAGAAAACUCGACGGUUCUUGAGAUAAUCACCCAAUUACACUCCUUGGACAUAACAACCGAAGAAUUAGAGAGAACCAGAUUAGGAAAGUUCGUGAACCUAAUAAGAAAGAAUACCUCGGAACCGGACAUCGCCAACAAGGCCCGUUCUCUUGUCAAGAAGUGGCAAAAAAUUGUUAUCGGCUCAAAGCCGGAGAUAGCGAAUGGUUUCAAAAGAAACGUCAAGAAGCAAAGAACAUCCAGAGAGAGUACACCUAUCAGAGAGAUGGGUCCCCGAGCUGAGACCCCAGUCUACUUACAGGACCACAGUUCAAGAGAAUCUACACCCCAACUUGUAACCAAUGGACACGCCCCUGCGGAGGCUCAAUCAGAUUCACAACACCUCGAAUCAACUAGAGACGGUGUUCACUACAAUGACACAACCUACUCUUGGACCCAAACUAUUCCCAUACAAUCAUCAGAAUCGGAUUCAGAGCCGCCCAGAUUAGUUGUCCUACCCUACGUUUGUCUAGAUUAGACCGGAAAGGCUGGAUUACGCAUGUUUGGAGAUGCGGUGUUAAAAUUUGAAUUGCUUAACUUGCGUAACCCUUUUCAGGGGGUUGAUUUUCAUGCCGGAAAUGUUUGUGACCGGAAUCGGUUUCGUUAAAUGUUUGUUGCUAGGAAUAUUUUCAAGGACUCUAUUUUAAGUUAUUUGUCUUAUUUUUACAAUCUUGUAUAUUAUGAAGUUAUUAAAUUAUGGAUUGAGCACACCAUAUAAGGUGUUUCGUUGGAAGAGACUCAAGAUGGUUUUUAAUUGUUUUUUCUAUUGCCAGAGUGUGCCCACUGUAUCCAAAUUUAUUGAGUUUAAAACGUGAUUCUUCAGAAAAAAAUUCCUAACGCAACCCCUUGCUCGUUUCUUUGGCAAUAAAGUGAUGAAGUUAUUAGAUAAGGCUUCGCCCUGAAAACACUCCAAUCUGUAAACCCCUUGCCCGUUUAUCUGACAAUAAUCGAUAAAGUAAAUAUAAGGCUUCGCUCUGAAAACGUUCCAAUGCGCCCAUCACCUAGGCCCGAAAGUAGAGCUGAGGAAUAGCCACACACAAAUCAGUGGGGUAUGUUCAGAAUUGGCAGUAUUUAAAAGAAUUGUUAAACUAUUGUUAAACUAGUUGAAGAGCUGGACAAGCCCUGUAGAAAUCCAUGAAGAUCAAGUAAGACGGCUUACUGAGCACAUUGUCUUGUAAUAUACUAUUUUGUAACAUGAUCCACUCUACACUAA